CGGAAGCUCUACCAUUAACGGACGUGACGUCAAAAUGACAUAUGAAUACUUUGCUGUUACGUCGCUUCGAAAGAACGAAGCAAGAUGGGGUGCAACGCGUCCGCGCCGUCCCGUCGAACGAUGGACUGCACCCCGAUAUUUCAGUUGUUGUAUCCGGUGGACAGGCGCAACCGGAGCCAUCGGGAUGCUUUUGAACUCCCGGAGCACGUAUUUCGGAAGCAGUACCGCCUGGCGAAGACUUUAGUGCGGUGGCUGUGCGACGAACUCCGCGAGGAGCCGGAGCUGCAGAGACUGCGUCGGUCAAGUACUGUCAUGACUGUGGAGGACCAAGUGCUGUGCGCACUUCGGUUUUACGCUACGGGGAGCUUCCAAGGCAUGGUGGCGAGCGACGAGCACAUAGCACGGGACCAAGGCACGGUCAGCAUCGCCUUGCGGGCCGUGUCCGUCGCUAUUGUGCGCCGUCUGGGGAUCCAACAUGGCUGGAUCCACUUUCCCCAGACGGCAAGCGAGAGGGACGACUUCGAGAGGGGCUUCCAACUACUCGGCAGGAUUCCGGGCGUCAUCGGGUGCAUCGACGGGACGAUGAUCAGCAUCGUCGGCCCGUCCAAGUACGACCCCACCGUCACGAAGGCUGCGUAUUGGUGCAGGAAGCAGUACUACGCCCUUAACGUGAUGGUGGUGUGUGACGCCCGCUGCCGGGUAAUGUGCAUCGACCCAUGCUACCCAGGGUCGGUGCACGACUCCUUUGCCUGGCGCUUCUCCUGGCUCCGCGACAACUUCGAGCAAGGCCGGCUCAUCGACGAUGGCAGGUUCCUGCUUGGAGACAGCGGCUACGCCUUGGAACCUUGGCUCAUCACCCCUGUCCCUGGGGUGCACACAACCUCCACCGCCAGCGGCCGGUUUAACAAGGCACAUUCCUCGAUGAGGUCCGUUGUGGAGCGCUGCAUUGGGCUGCUGAAAUCCAGAUUCCGGUGCCUGCAAAGGCACCGGGCUCUGUAUUACCAUCCAACAACAGCCACCGCCAUUAUAACGGCGUGUGCAGUGCUCCACAAUAUAUGCCUUGCAUCGAUGGAGCCAGAACCGGAGCCAGAUGCCGACUCUGACAGUCCAGAGUCGGACUCUGGGUCGAGCUCGGACGGUUCUGAGCCGGGCUCGGCGGGGUUAGAGCCAGAAGGUGGCGGGCAGGUUCCUGCCCACCUUCCGGUGCGCCUCUCGGACAGGGGGAAGGCUCUGAGGCAAGGCCUUGUGUCCCAGUUCGAGCCCUGCCAAAGCCGUGCCGUCGCGGGGCCCUCUGCAGGCCGCUCUGGCAGUUCCUCACGCCAGCAGCGGCGGCGCCACCAAGGAGUCCGUCGUCGAUCUAGCCUCUCUGGCAGUCCUGCCGUCCAGGGAGGCCAGCGACGACAGGGAGCCCCUCGUCGUCAUCGUCGCCACCAUGCCGGCAGUUCCGCAAGGGCUGAGGUGCCGUGAAUGCCCAAGGCCCUCAUCAGCACCCUUGGUGCCAAGGGAGCUCCCCGUAGAAGUGCGUAAAACUCUCUCCAGUCCACAGGCACGACGGUUCAUGAACUGCGCAGUCUCUUCAGCUCCUGCUCCUCACAGUUUUCAGCACAGCCAUUGUGCAACCCUCGCAGAAGGAUGGUGCUGCUUCCGAAAUAUGUAUUUUGGGAUUUUAAGUGUGUAACGGUGGUUCCAAAGGUGUACCUCUCCAUAGAAUAACCUUUUAUUUUGCAACAGAUAUGAGAUAAUGAGUAUCAUGUGUCCAUGAUCGUGGUUGGUUAGUUGAGUUCAUAUGGCAAACACAGACAGGCCGCCUCAUUUUCCCCACAGCAAACUCUGUUAUUUUAUGUCAUGUAUUUCCUCGUGUGUUAUUGGAUAUUGGCUUGUGUAACAGGUAUGACCAAGUAACCUGGGAGCAAAUCAUUUUGCCUCUUUAUGAAACAAUCUCAUUUUUCCCUGUGCUUCAUUCUGUUCCUCCUUCCCAGGUGUGCCACAUUUUUAUGUAUUCUUUGUGACUAUAGAAUUUCGAUAUAUUUUUGUUGUUUGCAAAGAGGGUACACAUGAGUGGAUUGUGACAGAGAUAUUCUUUUAGCAAUAAAAAUCUUUGACAGUUCGCCGAAAGAUGUUAUUGCAGCCACCUGAGGCGCUUUCGUAUAAAACAGUGUAUACAAAUAACAACAAUCUCCAAGGAACAUAAGUUGACAGUUCACGAAAGACGUUGCUGCGGCCACUUCAGGCACUGUCAUAUAAAACAUUAUAUACAGAUAACAACAUUCGCCAGAGAACAUAGAUCGACAGGUCAUGAGAUUUUAUUGCAGC